AAAGGGUUUCUAAACAAACUUAAAAACCAAAUUUUUCUUUAUUGCUUUGCUCGAGAGUGCCUGCAACUGCAACAGUUGAGAUUUUGAGCGUGUCAAGGAUUCUGAUUGAUAACGAUAUUCAAGUUCAGCAAUCUCAUUGCAGUAGAAAAUGGAAUCGAAUCAUCCUCACUUCAAGCUAAUUUUGGGAUCUUCUUCGAUUGCUCGACGUAAGAUACUAACAGAUAUGGGAUACCAAUUCACUCUCAUGAGUGCUGAUAUUGAUGAGAAAAGCAUCCGCAAGGAGAAACCUGAAGAGUUGGUUUUGGCUUUAGCUGAGGCAAAGGCUGAUGCUAUUGUGUCAAAACUACAAAUUAGUGAAUGUGAAGAUGAGGAACAACCGAGAGUCUUGAUUGCAUCGGAUACAGUGGUUGUCUAUGAAGAUGCUGUUAGAGAGAAACCCUCGAGUGUCGAAGAAGCAAGGGAGUACAUAAGAGGCUAUUCCAAGGGGCAUACAGCAACAGUGAGUUCUGUGGCUGUGACAAAUCUCAAAACAGGAGUCAGAAAAGGAGGCGUCGAUAGAGUGGAGAUCUAUUUCAAUGAAAUACCGGAAGAGACUAUCGAGAAACUGAUUGAGGAAGGCAUGGUGCUUAAGGUGGCUGGUGCACUCCUAAUCGAGCAUCCGCUAAUCUUGCCAUGCGUUAAGGAAGUGGUUGGGACAACAGAUAGUGUGAUGGGUCUGCCCAAAGAAUUGACUGAGAAACUGAUAAAGGAAGUAUUGGCAAGCACAUAGGUACAUUCGUCGCCUCUGAAUGUUGGUGUAUUCAUGUUGUGAGGAUUAUAGAUAAGUUUCGGAGUUUAAUUUGGGAAAUGAGCUUAAUGUUACAGUCAAACUAGUUUAUUCAGUUGUUUUACUACCUCUUGUUUCUGACUUAACCUUUAGACUGGAAUUGGUAAUUGAUAGCGUGAUAUUAGAGAGGCUUACCAUCAAAACCACCCAAACCGAAGUAAACCAAACCGGCUGAACCUAAGUUUAAGUAAAUAAGGUUUGUGUUG